AAAUCCAUGAAAUCAAAGUUUACAUUUUACUACUGCCUUUUUGAGUACGAAUGCCGAAUGACUUAUAAGACAGAAAUAUAACUAUUUUGUUUGGACUUAUACAGUUUUCGUCACGUUUGUGUUAAUUUAAUUCAAUAAUGAGAGAUAGGCCUAAUACUUCGAGUACCGUAUCUCUAUCCGUUGUGAAGAAAGUAAGUGUCGUUUUCCCAUAGCAACAAAACUUUGGCGGAGCGACGAAGUACGAACAUCUAUUAUCGACUGAAAAAAAAUGAUGUGCAAACAAAUAUACUGUUCUACAUUUUACUAGAAGGUGAUAAAAAAUGAGUUCGAGGAAUUCGCUACGAAGUCGUGAUGGUGGACUUCCAUUUACAGCCAACCGAACUCAGAUUCUACCUGAGAAAACAAACGAUGUUCCACAUUACCCAGAAAUCAAACAGAGAGGGUUCUAUUCUGAUAUACUUGAACAUGAAGCUGAAAACAAACUUGGGAACAUUUAUGCUGGGCCUCCUACACACCAAGAUACAUUAUGGAAUAUAUCAAAAGAAAAGCACACUCCUCUAGUUACCACUUUCAAUGGUUCAUCAGAUUUCAACGAUGCCAUUGCAAAACAAGUGUAUGGACCUACAAGUAAAAUUACCACUGAAUCAGAUUUUUCGGAACAGUCAUUUCUACCAAAAGUUCAACUACCAUAUUUUGUACCACCUGGACACUGCCCUCGUAAGAUUGAGAUUGAGCGACGUAAACGCCUGUACCAGAGCCAAGACCUGGAGGAUCUUCUAGAGAAUCUGAACAUUGAAACAGAUCUCCUGAUGCCAAAACAACUUGAAGAGAACUUUACAGUGAAGUUGAAUGAAAUGAGUGGAGAGGAUCCUGCUCCCUUCCCAGCAUUCCUUCCAUUGCAUAUUUUCACGGACAUGGAGUUUGAUUGCAGGACGCCAAAGGAAUGGUUGCAGAUGGGUGUUGUGAAUGGUGACAGACUACCAAUACCUGGGAAGGCAUUAUUACCAGCAUGGGACUCAACUGAAAAAUUGGAUCCCAAGGACCCAAGUUUAGAGUAUGAGUGGUUUGAUGUCGGCGUGUUAGACUAUGACCCAGAGGAGAGCCUAUGGUUGGUCCAGAAAACUGACAUUAAUGGCCGAAUUCUUAACCAGAACAACCAGGUGGUGAUUAAUGGUGGUGUGCAGGAUGGGACAAGACAACCGCUUAUAGCUGCGCAGUACUGGGUACCACGCAUUCAAGUCAUGUUUAUUGCAGAAGAUCCUGCAGUGUUUGCGCAAACUGUUGCCAAAGCCUUCCAUGAUAGACGCCACACCGAGGCUUUGCUCAGGUACCAUCUCUACGUGGACUUCAUGCCAAUGGAAGGUGUCGGAGAGUUGGACUCUGAGAGUCUAAAGCGUGUUGUGGGCUGGGCUAAGGGUGCACCUGCACUCACUAAAGAUAAGAACCUUGAUGAUUACAUUCAUACACUAGAGAAGGAAGUGAACAUUGACUAUGCAAGGGCUAUGAACAGAAUCAUCUUUGAUAAGAUAGUGCAGUCCAACCCUGGUACAUUUGCUUAUGUCACAGUCCCAGAGAAAGAAGCAGAAAGAAUACCAGAAACAGGUUACUAUGGUGAUGUACCUGAUUACCCUUUCGAUGAACAGUAUGAUAGCUUUGCAUUCAACUCUUUGUUGACAAGAGAAGAGGCAAUCUUUGCAAUGAUGAAAGUGAGGACAGAAUGUAAUAAGGUCUCUGCUAUGUCACUUUUCCACGUUCCCAUGACAAAGCAUCUGCGAAUCGAGGAGUUUGAACAAACUCAGAGCUCACAGAGUUCACAGGUACAACUUUUCCUGAAGGAUAGUUGGAUCUCCACACUCCGUGCUGCCAUCCGGACCAGUCUACGUGAUGUCGGCAAAGGCUGGUUUAAUCUACAUGAAACCAACUGGGAAGUUUACCAGAAAUCUAAACUCAAGAAAUUUAUGGAAAUGGUGAAGUUCUGUAUGCAGGAUUCCAUGCGGUAUCUGGUGCAGGAUUCUUUGGUCAAUUUUACGCAGAUGAUAAUUGAUGCCUGUUAUUCUGUGCUGGAGUGUCCAGACGGAAUGGAAUGGAAUAACAAGUUGGUCGUCAGCAAUUAUAGGCCUAAGCGGAAUUGUCUGUUCCUUGUGGAUCUUCAGGUGGACAUCAAUGGCUGCCACUACAGCACACCUUUGCACACCUUUGAACCCAUGCUGGUGUCGUUAUUUGACAGGGGCAUUGGGGCGACACAGCAUGUGCCUCAGCUGGAGAAGUACGUCCUAGAGGAUAUCUUCUGGGCAGACACUCCACUGUUGGAAUCCGUUGGAGAACAUGAGCCAAGGGUAGAGGAGCUGAGACAGAAUAUCCGGAAUGCUAUCCGUAAGGCUCUUAUUCCAAUGUAUGCUUAUUCCAGGGCUUAUGAACAACACUUGGAACUCAUGAAUCUGGAUAUUGAUGAAUAUAUUAAAGAAUAUGACUCAAAGGAGCAUACUGCGGCAGAGGUGAAGAAAGAGAUCGAGGAUCAUCUGGCCCAGAAAGAAGUUCUGGAGAACACAAUCCCAAGCAACAUCAUCAUCGGGCCAUUCUACAUCAAUACAGAGAGUGUCCGUCAAGGUCUUUCCAAGAAGCGUAAAGCUUUAGCUAACGCUUUACUGGAACUCCUCGCAGAAAAGCUGAGAAAACAAGCCGAAGAAGCAUGUGAAGAGUUCAAGUCUAUUUCUCGUCGUCUUUACGACAAACAAAACUGCAUCGAGGAUUUGUCAGAGCAGAAGGAAUGGAUGGAGUCAAUCCCGGACAGGCUGAAGGAGCACCAGGAAGUUAUUGACAAAGCGAUGACAGAUUAUGAACUGAUUGAAGAGUUCUGCUAUAACCUCUCAACAGAUGACUUCAAUCUCAAAUGGAGUGCCAUUGGCUGGCCUCACAAGAUUGAAAUCCAAAUGGAGCAGACAUUUCAACAGCUGGAAGAGGACAAGGAGCGCUUCCAGAAGAUCCAAGUGAUGGACCAGAACAAUUUCCAGGACAGACUCGACGCAUUACAGUUUUGUGAGGAAAACUCCUGCAUUUUAACAACCCUUGCAUCGCUUCAGUCGUAA